GGGAAAACAAUGCCUUUCUUGGACACUACGAAUGGAAAUGGUGUGGAUGAUAAAUCCAAUGAAAACGAGUUUCUCAAUGCAGUUGUCAAACAUGUUCCUCAUUCAACGUACUCAUUUGAAGUAUUGCAAGAUACAGCGCGGUAUCUUUUGGACCGAACAUCGAUUCGACCUAAAAUAGGAAUUAUUUGCGGCUCUGGAAUGAGCGAGUCUGAGCAUAGUGAGUUGUGUCCAGGUUCGAUCGCGGAAUCAUUGACUCAGCAGCAGAUCUUCCCCUACGAGGAUAUCCCGCACUUUCCCAAAUCAACGGUCAAGGGCCACGUCGGCCAGAUGGUCUUUGGAUAUUUGCAGGAUGUUCCGAUAAUGUGCAUGCAAGGCAGAUUUCAUUACUAUGAGGGAUAUCCUCUCUGGAAGUGCGCAAUGCCCGUGAGAGUAAUGAAGCUGAUUGGAGUUACACAUUUGAUAGCAACAAACGCUGCCGGAGGAUUGAACCCCAACUACAAAGUUGGAGAUAUAAUGCUCGUCCAAGAUCACCUCAACAUAAUGGGAUUCGCGGGUAACAACCCCUUGCAAGGGCCCAACGACGACAGUUACGUGUCUAAAACAGCCGCACCCGCUACUGGGAAUUACUUUGCGGACUCCCGGAAAUUCGAUUUAUCCUUCGCUAGGAACUCGACUUAUUUCUUCUUCAUAUCGCUAUUUUAUAAAAUCUUAUUUCAUGAUAUCGCGUUACUAAUGCCAAAAGGAUUUGGGCCACGGUUUCCGCCGAUGAAUAAAGCUUACGAUCGUGAGCUUCUCAAAGUCGGACAGGAAGUUGCUGAAGAAAUGGGACUAUCAGAUAUUGUUCACAGAGGAGUUUAUACUUGCCUAGGGGGACCUAGUUUUGAAACAGUUGCUGAACUUAAAAUGCUGAGGAUGAUUGGAGUUGAUGCUGUUGGAAUGUCAACAGCUCAUGAAGUUAUAGCAGCUCGUCACUGCAACCUGACAGUCUUCGCCUUUAGCUUGAUAACAAAUCUCUGUGUCUUUGAUUAUGACUGUCAUGAUGAAGCUAAUCAUGAGGAAGUUAUGGACGUGGGAAAAUCUCGACAGCCUGUUCUUGAAGACUUUGUUCGACGAAUGGUUCAACGGAUCAAGGCCUACCUCUAA